ACAGAUUUACUGUCUCUUCAGGGAGGGGCUGAGAAUUUACUCAAGCAAGUCAACCUAGGGAGUGUGAGAAAAAAGAAUGGAUUUGAAAGGAGCGAUGUUCGAUUCAGGGCUAUCCAAGGAAGAAAGUUCAUCUUUAAAGUUCACUUCUUCAACCAGAAAAUUAAUAAAACAUAGCACACCUGUGGAUACCACACUAUCUAAAAGCAUGAUUUCCAUAGAAAGUAUAUCUUACCUAAAAGAAGCUGGAAGUGAAAAGGGAACUCCUGUGGGGUCUCCCCUGACCAAAACAGCAUUUCUAGAAUUUUCAACUCAUCCAGAAACAAGAAGUCUUAAGACUAUUGGCCAAAGGAAGAGACUCUCUACAGUAUCUGCUUCUGAGGAAUCUGAUGCAGAAGUACAAAAUAGUUUGAACCUCUCUUCAGCCAAGCAGGGCCAUCAAAUUCCUGAUCCAUCAACCAAGAAACAGAAUGAGAUGUCCUUCGGAAAAUGGUGCUGUUAUGGAUUACCUGGAAUAAAGGACCCUCCUAAAAGAAAAGGCCAUUUGAAGAAGAGACGUGUGGCAAAUGACUUGAGUCCAUGGGAAAUUCAUCAACUCCAAAACAUUGAAGAAGCCACACACCAUGAAUUAGUUGUUGAAGAAAGCCCUAUAAGUGGAUUCUCUUUGAAACUUCUAUAACUUCUUCCUAUAUAAAGAUUUC